CGAGUGAAUAUAGAUUUGGUUCGUCAGUAGCUGUACACCGAAGGCAGACUAAUGUAAAACUAAAUAAGCCGGAAUAUGUAGGAUCAUGUAUUCUCGAUCUUUCUAAAUAUUAUAUAUAUGACUUUUGGUAUAGUUAUCUCAAAAAGAAAUACGGGAAUAAAGUAAAACUCCUAUAUACUGAUACGGAUUCAUUAAUCAUAGAAAUUGAGACCGAAAAUAUUUAUCAAGACAUAAUAACUGAUUGUGAUUUAUUUGAUUUUAGUGAUUAUCCCAAAGAGCAUUGGGUGGUAAAAAAUCUUCUAGAAGAUCAAUGGAUAAUUACUGAAGAAGGAGAUAAAGCUAUCGGCUAUGCAAAAGUUCGUGCAAAAUGUUAUAGCAUUGUGUGUGAAAAUUCACGAAAAAAUAUAAUCAAGGCCAAGGGUCUUAAAAAGUCUCUUAUCAAGAAAGAGCUUACAUAUAAAAUAUUCGAGGACUGUGUUUUAGAAGGGAAAAAAGAUCAACUACGAACUGCUCAAUUCUUCCGAAGUUACAGACAUCGAAUGUAUAGAAUAUCGCAAACAAAGAGAAGUGUUAAUCCACUAGAUACAAAAUUGUGGAUAGCAUAA